UCCCUCUCCCUCUCCGGGGGUCGCGCGCACCUGCUGCCGCCCACUCCGGCGCCCAGCAGCAGAGCAGGAGGACGAGGCGGCGGCUGCUGCUGCUGGAGGGGCGGCAGGUGGGCUGGCAGCCGACUAAGGCAGCGCUCUGAGUGCCCAGGGACCAGGGCUGCCUUUCCCGCCGCCGCCGCCCAGCAUGUGAGCCUGAGACAGCAGCCAGCCCUCCGCCGCCGCCGCCAUGGGGCUCCCGCGCCUGCUGCUGCUGCUGCUGCUGGGGAUGCUCUUCCUCCUCUCCAGAGCCGGAGGCCUUGUUUUGUCCCUUGAACAGUCAAACAACUGCAUAACUGCUGAGAACCUUUGUAUGACUGACCCUGUGUGCAAUGCCACCUAUCUGAUCCUGCAAAACUGUUCCCAAUCCAUUGCUAAGAGCAGUUCCUUCUUUCUGCACCAUGGAGUGAAGGAUAGAUGCCAAGAGGCUGAAACCUUUAUUAGAAACAGUUAUUUUCAUGAAUGCAAAUGUCACCGGCGCACAGGGAAACAGGAGGAGCGGUGUCUGCGAAUCUACUGGACUGUUCAUUCUACUUUGAUCCCAGCUGACUUUCAUUUGGAGAUGUCACCCUAUGAGGAUAUAGCAGAUGAAGAGUCUUCAAAGAUUAAAUACAACAAGCUGGCUUCCUUGGCCUCAGGUUCUCGUAUAUUUGGGGAUAGCACAAACAUUUGCCUGGAAGCUGCUAAUAUUUGCCAUCUGGACCACAAGUGCAUGCGCCUCCGCUCAGCCUAUGCCCAGAUCUGCAGCACAGAAUACACCUGUGACCAGCGCAGAUGCCAUCGAGGUCUGAGGCACUUCUUUCAGAAGGUCAGUGUGGAUUUCACCAAGCCACUACUCUUCUGUCCUUGUCAAGAUGACGUUUGUGGAGAGCGACGGUGGAACACCAUUGUCCCUGAGUGCUCUUUCCAGAGCAGCAGCAAACCAAACUGCCUCCUCCUGCUGGACUCCUGCCGGAAGGACAAUAUCUGCAGAUCCCGGCUGGCUGACUUCCAAGAACAAUGCAAGCCUUCAGGCACAUCCUCAGAUGGCUGUUUUCAUCGCCACAAUCAUGCUGUAUGCCUAGAGUCAUAUAUGGGGAUGAUUGGUACACUCAUGACCCCCAAUUACAUCAACAAUUCCACUGCCAAUGUCACUCUCUGGUGCUCCUGCGAGAACAGCGGAAAUGAGAAGGAGGACUGUGAUGAAAUCCUUGGAUCAUUUGCUGACAACAGAUGUCUAAAAAGUGCAAUCCAGUCCCAGAUGAGUCCAUACCAGGUGUAUACAGAUGUUCAGGAGCAGCUGCAGUUUACACCUUCCCUAAACAUCCAGGGAGAUGGCACCAGUACAGUUUUUACUGCAAAAAUGUAUUGGGAAUCAGAGCAAAAGAAGAUUCAGUCAGAAGGUCCUAAGAAUAACCAACUCCAUAUUUCUAAUUCUUCUUAUUCCAGAGGUUGGCUUUCCUCCUUCAUUCUGCCCACAACACUUCUCCUUUUAUUACUUGGUCCACCUUAAUAUAACAUAACUGGUGAUGCUUCUUUCAUGUAUUUUCAUGGCAAGGGAAACUGGACUCUUUCAUGCCAAAGAGGAUGCAGCCAUCACUGCAAGCCUCUUUUCAAAGUGCAGCCUUUGUCCAGACCUCUGACACUUUCACUUGUUCUUCUGUGCAUCCCAGGCUUGGGGCUGGUUCCAGGGCCCACAACAGGAAAGAGGAAAAGAAGCUGGCAGACAGAAGAUUUUGAAGACCUGUUUGUCAAAACUGAAAUAAGAGUAAUCAUGUUUUCAGUGUAUUCCCAAGGUGUCAUGGUUUCAUUUUAAGGCAAAGGAGAGGAAUUUGAUGUAGCAAUAUCUAUAUCACUGCCCUUAGUCUUGAUUUUUGGGACUAUGUUGUAUACUUGUCCAGUUUUUUUUAAAUAUACAAAACAAAGUUGCAGCCUCUAUAAAGGCUGUGAUGCUGAAUUGUAGUGUUCCCUUUUUACCCAAAUUAUCUUCAUCUUUUACUACUCAUGAAAAAUUUAAUGCAUCCAGGUUAGCUUCAGUUAAAUGACAUCAGUCUUCCUUUUCCAGUAUUGUAUUAACCUUUCAGGCAAUCAUAGGAAUAUUCAUUAAAGAAGGUUCUUCAUCGACGUUCCCUGGGAUCACCAAACAGCCACAGAGCAAAGAUGUUCUCCAAUUUGGACUGAUCUAGCAUCUCAUCCUGUGUCUUUCUGUACGGCACUAGACUUCUUAUCCAUGGUCUAAUUAGUCUGGAUGUAAAGAUUUGUGUGGCAUUAAUUGCUUUCUUCUAUGCUGCAAUCAGUGGUAUGUUAAUUCUGAAGCUAUAUUAAUAACCAUUACAUGUGAUCACUACCUUGUUGACUAGUUUAGCAAGCCAAUCCCAGCAACUUCUCUGUGUAGGUAUUUGGUGACUGUGGAAGAUAGAGUCAACAAUGCAUUCUGUUCCUUCCCCACAGAAUAUGGUGGUUUUGUUACAAGAGUUAACUGUUAUACUUGCAAGGAUCAGGGCCGUUUCACUGGAGUGGGGAACCUGUGGCCUCGCAGGUAUAGCUCCCAUCAGUCAUUGUUCAUGUGAUUAGAGCUGUAGAUUCUCUGUCCUUGCUGGAUCACAUAGUAAUGCUUCUGUGAUAAUAACACUGCUCAGUUUUACUAUGCUUUGCAUUUUUCUUAGCUGAGCAUUGGUCUCUUCCUACUCCUGCUCAAUGAAUGGGUCUUUUAAUUGCUCACCAGCAUAUACACUUUAUUUCUAUAUUCAUUCAAUGUAUACUAAGUGUAGGAUGGUGAGGUAUGAUUUGCAUAGAACUGCCAACACAUUCUGCAGUAGUUCCUGUGUUUCUCAUUAUUUCAGAUCCUUAACAAAGGUGGUUAUGAAAGGCACCUGUGAUGCCUAUACAAGUAAACUUGGCAGCAUAGUUUCUUAAAAAGCAAAAAGACAAAAUACUAAAAGUAUUAAUAGCAAAAGCUUAUGGAAUAUUGGGUUUGGCAAUAUAAUAUUAACAACACAAUAUAGGGAUGGAUCCCCUGUAUUUGAAAUGUUCUGUGAAUCCAGACUGUAGAACAGAACUAAAAUCCAUGUGUGCUGAGGGCUUUUUCAGAAGUAGAAAUGGUCUGCACCUUUCCUUAGGGUGACCAGGUCUGCAGCUGCAAAAGAAGAAAAAGAAGAAGAAGUUAAGUCCUAAUGUUUAACUAAAAAAUUCAGAACACAGUUUUCUUUACUAGUUCAAUUGUCUGAUCAGGUUUAUUUCUAUUUUCUCUUCUAAAGUUAUAGCACUUAAUGUGAAUUCAUGUGAACUCACAACAUAUGUAGAUAUAACAAUAGAGCAACUAAGAUCAAUUACCAAAAUAGAAAUUAUUAAUUUGCACAAGAAGAAGCUCAAUGCAGGGUUUUAAGGGCACACUCCAGUCCAGGGUAGGUGCAGCACCCAUGUGCAGAAAGUAAGUAGAGCUCCCCAUCCUUAGUUAGGAUGAAUGGGUGUUGCCUCACCCUCAUUCAUGCCUCUCUUUGACUCCAACACAAAUUACUAUGCUCCAAAUCAUUAGCCACUUAAACUGUUGACAAGAGAAAGUGGAUAACAAUAGGGAAGCAGGCACCGAAGCUGCACCCUACUAUUCACUUGACUGGUCUCUUGCACUGCUUCCGCACCUGUGGAUGAGACAAAACCAUGCUCACAGUACUUGCAGUGGACUGGAUCAUGUCCCAUCUCCUAGAUGUCUUUGUGUCUAGUACAUUCUGGUAAAACUACACUUCCAGUAUUUGUCACUGGAGUAUUGAGUCUUUGUUGAUUUUUCUCUGUUGUUGAAUUAUUUCAUACUACCUGUAUGGUUAUAACAGUUAAAUUUCAUCUGUACUGAAUCCAUUAGCAACUCCCAUGCCUCUACUGAAAGGGGAAAUUGCAGGGCAAUAGAAAUCCCUAAAAUGUUAUCAAUCAUCUUCAAUCUACAGUCUGUGUCUCUUGGCAAACAUAGAGGAAGUGGGAGCAUCCACAGCUGCUGUAAUGUAAAUUUCAAUAUCUUAGAAAAGUAAUUCAGCCCAUAAUAUCCAAAAUAAAAUUUACCUUACAAUUC